UUUUUAUCAAGGAAUUGUAUGAAAACAAAAAACAGUAAAAAAUUCCAAAAAUAAGCUUUUUUUCAUGUUUUACGUAUUAAGUAUUGCAAAUUAAUAUCUUAGCUAUUAUUUCCUUAACUAAAAUAGUUUAGUUUUAGUGUAAAAACCAUGAAUUUCUCAGAAAUUUGUCGGACUUGUUUGAAGAACAAUAAAAAUGGUUUAACUCCAAUUUUUCUCUCUGAAGACGCUCAAAAUAUGUUACCAGGACUACUUUUAUCGUGUACAGGAGUUCAGAUAAAAUACAAUGAUGGUUUACCACAAAACAUGUGUAAAAACUGCAUGAACAAUUUUAACAAUAAUUUAAAGUUUCGCAAACAAUGCAAGCAAGCUGAAACAUUACUUCUAAAGAUAAAAACUGAAAACUACACCAAUAAGGAUGAAACUUUAGUCAAAUCACACAAUUAUACUGAAGAACAAGAAGAUUCCAAUCUUAAAUCAGAAUUAAAAAGUAUUAAAUUGGAACCCACAGACACCAAAUUUGAAAACAAACCUUUAAAAUUAUAUUUACAACACACUGAAAGUAUUAACAUUUCAGAAAUUAAUGAAAACACUGUAUUCAAUGAAGAUAAUUUUACCGAAGACACUGUAUUCAAAACUGAACAAAAUAUUGACAAUGAAACACAAUAUAUUACUAACAAAAAAUGUACUGAUGUACCGUACAUAGUCACGGACGCAGUAACGGACAAAACUACUCGUGUUAUAUGUAAACUUUGUACUAAAGAGUUGUCGAUCCGGAGUAUAGAUGCUCAUAUGAUGCGGAGACACCCUGGGGCGGACGAGAGGAAGGUGCGGUGCGAGCUCUGUGAUAAGUACGUGAUGAGGAACAAGAUGAAUAGGCAUCGGGUUAUGAUGCAUGGAAGUGCUGGUGUUAAAUGUGGAUAUUGUAAAUCAGAGUUUAAUAGCAAAGAACAGCUCUUGGAUCACGUGGAGUCAUGCACAGCUAAAGUCAGGAAGAGGAAGAUCAAUGAAUCUGGCAGAACGAUGGCGGAAUGUGAUAUAUGUAAGAUGAAGAUGCAGAGAGCUAGCUUGAACAAACAUAAGGCCGUCACACACGCUGGCUUGAGACCUGUCUGUGAGCACUGCGGCAAGAGUUUUGGAAACAAGUUUCGUUUGAACGAGCACUACAGAGCCAAACAUGGAUACGAAAAGUUCCAGUGCGGGACAUGCGAGUUCCAGAGUGCUGGCAUUGUGGCUAUGCGGAAUCACGAGCGUCGUCAUCGCGGCGAGAAGCCGUUUGUGUGCGAGUCGUGCGGCGCCGACUUCCACGCCGCCUACCUGCUCAUGCAGCAUCGACACUCGCAUAACACUGACAAGCUCGUUAAGUGUGAUCUCUGCCCAUCCCGUUUCAAAGCUCGCGACAACUUGCACAUGCACAAACUGACAUGCCACAGCAAGUCGCGAUACACCUGCACCGUAUGUGCACGACGCUACAAGUGCCGCUACUACGCCGUCAGACACGCGAGACUCGUCCAUGCUGCUGCCGACCCCGCUCGCAUCGUCCAGCCGGCUGAACAGUAGCCCGGAGUUACUGAUAUAUACUGUGCAUCAGAGUGAACAUUGAUAAAAAAAAUACUAAUGACGGCGUCCAAGCCCAUUGCAUAUGCUAAAGCAGAAAGAGAUCAGCUGCGCUGCGCAGGGCAUAUUAUAGUGCACGAGCAUUUACUCAUAGCGCGAUGCGACGAGAGAUCACAAGCACCACCGACAUUAACGUGCUAUUUAUUAUUAGUGAUCAGUAAUGUGACGUAAGUGGUACCUAUAACUAAAGUGUGCAAAAGUGAUAAAUAUA